AUGAAAAUUCUUAUACCACCCAAGAAAGAACAACCGAAUCUGAUAUCCACGCUAUUCGAAGAGUUAUUGCUGGAAGAUUCUAGAAUACGAACCCAAGAACAAGUUUUUUCCUUUUCGAAACGCCUAAUUGAACAGUCCGGAAAACUACGUAAAGAUUCGAAACCAACUGAAGAAGAGAGUCUGCAAUUGGAGAAUCUAAGGAAUACAUUGAAUACACAAUGGAAAGAAAAGAGGGAUUUGGUUGGAAAAACAAAGAUUGACGUUUGUUAUGCUAAAAUUACCAUGCUGGUCCUAAUGACAAUAAUCUAUGCUAGCGACACAGUAUCUGUUUUUAAAACUCAAACGAUAUUUUUUGUUUGGUAUUCAUCUGUUAUUAUCAUGGGGAUAUUUUUGUCCUUGGUUGUUUUGUACACCCUUCUGAAACUCUUUCGACGAAUCAGAGCUAUAAAUCAGUCGGAUGUAGAGCAUGGUACCGAAAAACAGAUUUGCUUUGGAAAUAUGGAGUUGUCUUUCACCGAGCAGUUAGAAAAAUGCGUGGAUUUCUAUUCAAAGGAAGUAUUUCCACUGAAGGAACAAGCAAGAUCACGGGACAAAAAUCCAACAACUAAAGCGAGACCAAGUAUAGUGAAGAUGAUUGCCUUAAAGAGUACAACAACCACGAAUGGUGAAUCAUUGUUGAAUUCUUCGAGAGCCUCGUUGAUGAAAUAA